AACCCUUUAAAACAUCUGACUGGACGAUAGAGUGUCUGGCACAGUUGUGUUGUUUGUGUUGUCUCAUUCAGACUGAGUGGAUCUCAAGAAGAUGGCUUUAACUCUGGCUCUGCUUUUUCUCAGUCAAGCGCUUUUAUACACAACUGUAACAUCUGCAAGUGUUUGUGGCCGGCCUCGAAUCCCUGAGGGGGUUGAUGUCUCCACAAUGAAGCGCGUGUUUGAAAUUGGAGAGGAGGUGACCCUCACAUGCGAGCAGGGUUACUUGCCUUCAUCUUUGACAACCACCAGAAUAACCUGCACUUCCACGGGGCAGUGGACGCAGUCGAACCUGGCAUGUUCCCCCAAGAUGUGCCCCAUUCCCAAACAACUUCAGCCUUUUGCACUGGGACGGACAGAGGCUCCAUUCAGGAGUGCACUCAACUUCUCAUGUGACGACGGGUACGUCUUAAUAGGAGCCAAUGCAAGCCACUGCUUACACAACAGCAGCUGGAGUCAUCCUCCACCUAUCUGCAAAGCUGUGAGUUGUCCUCUGCCGAAUCCUCCCAGAGAUGGUCGGGUCGUUCACGUCAGGCCAGUCACAGGAACAAAAACCAUUUAUGGACAGGAAUGGACGUACGAGUGCAAUCCCCCGAAAGCACCGAGUCACGAGAAGGGGUUCUGUAACGCUGAUGGAUCUACAACGGAACCACCUGUUUGUCGAGAGGUGAGCUGUUCCAUCCCAACUAAUAUACCAAACGGCUUUAUCACGUUUGCUGUAAUGAGGCCACACGGCUACAAGGAGAAGGUGAAGUACGCCUGUAAUGAGCACUACACACUGGAGGGUCAGGCUGAGAUGCAGUGUCAAAACACAGGAAACUGGUCAUCAAAGCCUGUCUGCAGAGCUCCCUGCACAGUUGACAUAAAAAGAGGUCGUAUCUUCUACAACGCCAGAAAAAUCUGGAUUGAAGACCUGAAACCGAACAGGGUCUUGCAUGGAGAAAUUGUCGUCUUCUAUUGUCUGGACAGAGAAGAGAAGUGUGGCUAUCCUGUAUCCAGCACCUGCAACGAUGGAACCCUCCCAAUCCCUUUAUGCUUUGAAGAACCUGGAAAAGCCGUGUAUAACUUGAAGCCUAAAUCCCUGCCUUCAGAAAUCCGCAUGUGUGCUGCUUCACCUCCUGCAAGGACAACAAAUUCAAAUUAAAAUUCAACUUUAUUGAUAUAGCGCUUUGCCUGCUUUCAAGCAUCUCAAAGUGCUUUCCACAGUAACAUGAAGACAGAAAGUCGAAAAAGCAUUCAUAAUAAAAUAGAAUAAAAACAAAUACAAAUAAAUAAAAAGACAUUAAAAAUCCAGCAACAUGCACAUCCCGCAAGUAAAAUAUCCAAUAAAAACAUGUGGGCAUGUAAGAACUAAGUAAAAGCUAUACUAAAAAGAUGAGUUUUGAGCUUUUUCUUGAAAACCUCCACAGUGGAUGAAGCCCUCACAUCCUCCGGCAGGCUGUUCCACAGGCGAGGUCCUCAGUGCUGAAAUGUGGCCUCGCCAUGGGUUUUUGUUCUAACUUUUGGGACCACCAGCAGACCUGCACCUGAGGACCUGAGGGUUCUGGGAGGGUCAUAAACUAAAAGUAAAUCUGAUAAAAAUGAAGGUCCAAUACCAUGUAAGGCCUUGUAAACCAAUAAAAGUACCUUAAAAUCAAACCUGAAGCUGACUGGGAGCCAGUGCAAAGAUUUCAGAAUUGGAGUCCUUCUUUCUGGUCCUGGUUAAAAGGCGUGCCGCCGAGUUUUGGACUAGCUACAGCCGAUUUAUAGUGCUUUUCUUAGCACCAGAAAGAAGAGCAUUACAAUAAUCUAUUCUAGAUGUUAUGAAAGCAUGUAUCAAUAUUUCAGCACUGGCUCUGGAGAGAAAGGGACUCACUCGGGCAAUAUUUCUAAGAUGAUAAAAUGCAGACUUUGUAACAUGAUUUGUGUGAGCUUCCAAGGUAAGAUCUGCAUCUAAAAUUACACCGAGGUUUCUGACUUUACUGCACACAUUCAGGUUCAGAGUUGAUAAGUAAGAUCGGACCCUUUCUCUCUCAGCAUCAGGACCAAUAACUAAGAUCUCUGUUUUGUCUUGAUUGAGCUUUAAAAAGUUCUCUCCCAUCCACGCUUCAAUAUCUAAAAUACAACUUAAAAGGUCAUCAAUGGGUCCCAUGUCAUCGGGAGACACAGCCACAUAUAGCUGGGUGUCAUCCGCAUAACAGUGAAAGUUUAUUCCAUGUCUCCUGAUGACAUCUCCAAGGAGAAGCAUAUACAGGUCAAAAAGUGUGGGACCAAGAACGGAGCCUUGUGGCACACAUGAGUUCACAGAGAAAAGUGCUGUGCCAAAAAGAUGUAUUUCUUUCAUUUACAGUGACAAUGGAAAAUAAGAUUGUUGUGAUCCAAGGAUAUAAAAUGUAUUAAAGAGCUAAAGAUGUAUUCAAACAGGAGAGAUGAAUUAAUGAUAACAUCAUACUGUCUUGUGCAAUAACGUGAUAAAAUAACAUUAUUCCUUAGUGAUUAAGUUAUACUUGACUGUAUGUAAACACAAAAAGUCAUGUGAAAAUGCGAUCUAUGUACACAAAUCUAACAAGUGAAAUAAAAGUGAGUUGAUUGCAGUUUGAGCUGCUGCAUGAAUUUGACCUGA